AUGCCGCGAUGUAUCGCGGUGCUGCUCGACAAUGCCAGCUCCCAUAUGCUGCGGGACGAGUGCGCGUGGAGCGAAAUCGUCUGCGGCAUGCGGACCACCCGCCUCAGCAACGUGCGCCUCAUCUUCCUGCCGCCGAACACAACCGCCUUCACGCAGCCGCUCGACCAGGGGAUAAUCGCGACCGCGAAGGCCCGCUAUCGCCAGCACUGGCUGCGUGCCUUCACGGCGCUGUGGAACGACGACGGCGCAACAAGCGCCGUGGCCCGCUAUCGCCCCAAUCUGCGCGAUGUGCUGGGGUGGCUCUCAGACGCCUGGAUGAGUGUCGGUGCGCGCACCAUCCAGAGGUGCUUUUGGCGCACGGGCUGCAUGCCUCUGUCGUGGUCCCUGGAGCUCACCCAUGUGUAUGAUGAUGAGCCGACCCCACAUGCGUACCCCGACAUUGAGCUCGACGACGACAUCGACGACGUCGGCGACCUCCUUGGCGGACUCGGCCUCGGCACCGGCGCGAUGACCGCCGCCGAGUACGUCGCCAUCGACGAGGGCGAGCCGACGUGCGCGGAGGCGGCAGCGGGCGCGACACCGGAUGAUGCGGACGUGGGCCUGGUGGCGGAGCUAUGGAGGGCGCCUACCAAGAUGCAGGCCGUGUAUGACGAAUCCAACCCAAUCGGCCGUGAAGCGCGGCGCACGGCACGGGCGGCCAGCGAGAUGCUCAUCGGCUACGCUCGCGCCGUGAGCGUGACGCCGCGCGACCUUUGCCACCUGUUCGACAUUCGUAAUCCGAUUAUCAGGGAGCGCAUGGAGCGGGCAAGCCCCGCGCUCAAUCUCAACACGGCCCCGCCGCCGCGGCUUUCGCCGACCGUAACUCCGCCGCCUGACACCCCGCGUCCGAGGGGCCGAGUGCUGCCUGGCUGGAUGACCCAGCCGUCCCGCCGUCAGCAGCUUCUGGACGCCGGGGUUGGCGUCGCGAUGGGCGGGUACGUGGAGGCGGCAGAGUGGAUGCAUCUCUGCUUCUCGCCUCUCGUCGUAGCAGUAGUAGCGAUGGCGGAGGCGGUCGCAGUUAUGCGCGCGAAGAAGAAGGCGGCGGCGAAUGGCGAAAGGGAAGCGCCGGUGCUAACGCGGUCGGAGAGUUUGUUGGACGAGAAGUUCGACGCGUAUGAGGCGGCCAACUACCGCAUGUGGGCUCGAUCCAAAUCCGAAGCCUUUUCCAGGCGCAAGCCGUCGGGGUCUCGCAGCCGCAAGAAGCACGACUUGGAUUUCCUCGAUAGCCACGGUUUCGCGCCGCAGAAUGCGGAGCUCAUGACACGUGUCGAAGCAUCAUCUUUCAAUCCGUCCGAGGGAGACGAGGGAGACGACGACGAUGAUGGGAGAUUUGGGGGGGAUUGCGCGGAGAGCGGAGCGGAGGAAGGGAGAGCUGGCGGAGAGGGUUUGGGGACUGAGGGAGCGCAGGGCAGCAGCGGCAACAGCAGCCAUAAGGGCGCGGCGGUCGACGAGAGGGGGCUGCGCGGCUUCCUGCGGCAGUGCCGCCCGCGGGCCUGGCGGGCAAGUAGCACGCGCUCCGACGAGAGCUGCGCGGAUGGCGCGGAGGGCGCCGGGGGCGGAGAGGGGAAAGCGGCCGCGGCGGGGGCUUUUUGGAAGCGCAGCAUGACGGCGGAUAGCAUGGGGGGGGCCAGCCUGGCGCGGUCGACGAGCGAUGCGCUGCAGGACGCGGAGAUGGACGAGAUGGACAAAGAGGUGCUGCAAGAGGCGUUCGUGCGCGUGGUGGGGCUGCAGCAGCGCGUGCAGCACUACCGCGACCUGGGCGGGUUCGUGGUGCUCAUGGCGCUCUUCAUCACCAUCCUCUACCUCCAGGCCGACUCCUCCCGCAGCUACGAAAUCACCGCUGCGCACGCAGUGCUCUUCCCCCCCGUACGGUCCCCCUCUCCUCCCCGGCGUGCUCUUCCCCACCGUCUUUCUAACUCGCAUUCAUUCCAGCGCAAAGACAAUCUUGCGCGCAUUCAUUCUAGCAUGCCUGCGUUCGGCAUGAGCCAGGAUUCCGCCAACACAUUUGCUGGGCUUGAUGACUUUUACAAUUGGCUCAACACCAGCAUCGUGCAGGUGCGCCCCCCUCCCUCCCUCUCCACUCCAUCUCGCAUCUUCGUUCUUGCCGCACCUGCGGCGUGUUGCCUCCUCCUGCUCCCCAAGCCUGCUCUUCACUCUCCAUGCAGCACCACAGCUCUCCCUUGCACGCAUCAAAGCACAUACACUCAUCCUCCCGUCCGUCUGCUCCUCUCCUCACUGUCCCUCCCUCUCCUCUCCCCGCCGCCCCUGCAGAGUCUGUGGGCGGACCCCACAUGUGGAGACGGCUCGUGCGACCGCCCCUUCCAGUUCCCCGCGUUUGGCCGCUUUGGUUGUGAGGCGGACUGCGGCACGUUCCCCAACCUCACCACCGUAGUUGUCAGAUUCUCCUCCCACCUCGACACACAGCAGGCCGUCGACGGCUCUUCCUGGAACCUCUGCAUGGUUGACCCCGUCUCCCUCUGCUGGUACGAGUCAUUUCAGCCAUUUCCACGCGGCGAGGCAGAGGUGUCAGUGGCGUUGGACAUUCCGGACGGCGACUGGGUGGUGGUGCUCAACGCUCCUGCAGGGGGCAUCCGCGGUAAUGUGCACGCGCCCCCUCCAGGCACACAGCGCCUCGCCGUCGUCGGUGCGGCCUCCACUAUCGAGCUCGCCGCCUGGGGGUCCUGCGCGCUCGAAGAUGACGUGGACGCAGCCAAUCAGACGCAGCCAGGUGGCGGCGUUGCUGGUGCUGCGCCUGACAUCUGUCGCGAUACGUGUGCAAGGCUGGUGGCCUGCCUGCCAGCAACCUGUGGGCGAGCAUUCACGGAGAGGGAGGUGGCAGGGGCGUUCGUGGACUGUGCGCGCAUGUGCAUCGUCGCACCCUCCUCCAUCACCACCUUUGCCAGCUCUCCCUGCCCCAUGGUGCGCUCCCUGCCCCAUGGUGCGCUCCCUGCCCCAUGGUGCGCUCCCUGCCCCAUGCUGCGCUCCCUGCCCCAUGCUGCGCUCCCUGCCCCAUGGUGGGCUCCCUGCCCCAUGGUGCGCCCCCUGCCCCAUGGUGUGCUCCCUGCCCCAUGUGUGUUCCUCUCACCGAUCAUAAAUGUGUUUCCACGUGAUCUCUCCGUGCCUCUCCCUGCUCUGCUGACACUGCGGUUUUUGACUGCUUGCUCUCACUCUGCCCUCGCACCACCGUUUGCCCCUGCAAUCACCUCGCUUCACAUAUUUGCACUGCCACCCUGCCUUUUCGAACCUCUCCUUCCCAACCGCUCUCCUUCUCUCUCCUUCUCUCAGGCGCUCUACCGCUUCCACCACUCUCACAGCUAUGAGCGCUGGCCUGUCUCAACUGCCACUGGGCCCCCUGAUGCCUCCUCCCCGCCCGCUGCUGCUGGAGUGCACGCUCUUGCUGCCCCUGCUGCCUCCUCUUCUGCUGCGUCCGCCUCUGACCAGCAGCGACUGACAGUGCUGCAGGUGGCGGUGUCGCGAGCCCUCUUCACCAUGGCCAAGGACCGCUGCCUGGCCGGCCACGGACCCGGAUCAAAGCGAUCACACACACUGGGAGGGCCGGGCAGCGUGCGCUGGCAUGUGGUGGCCACCCUGUGCACCAUUCUGGGGGGCCCUGUGACGACCAUGGAUGAGUGCCGCAUGUAUGGUGCGGACGGGAAGCAGGUGAUGACGCUGGCGGACAUGUAUGCAUACCUCAAGUACCGGCAUACCGGGCAUGUCAUCUCGGCGCAGCACAUGGUGCGGUGGGUGCAGACGGUGGCGGCGGCUGUGAGCUCGGUGACGCCCGUGCCGGAUGUGGCAGCGGCGCGACUGAACGCGCUCAUGCACUCCUUCAAUGAUGCCAUCAUUUCGUCCAACGCUGUCGGCUGCUCGCAAGGUGGAGCGUGGCUGCAGUGGCGGGUGGGUGUGAAGCACAACACGACCAUCCAUGUGGGCGACAAGGUCACGUGGUUGUGGGAUGACGACCUCCCACACUCCCUCAAAGUGGCGGGGAUGGGGGAGGUGGACGACCCGCUGUUUCUGGGCUUCGGAGGCCACCGAUUGGCCGUGUCGCGCAAGCUGGCGUGCACUCCCCUGAACGUGGGCAAUGGGGACGCCUUUGACGAGCCCAUGCCAUGCGUGCUCAAAAUUGACGACGGGGCCCCCGGCUCGUUCGCGUACAGCAAGGUGUUUGAGGAGCCAAUCACGAUCCACUACGAGGACGGCACGCUCUCUGUCGACGACUCCUCUUCCUCCUCCUCGCCUGCCACCUCUGCCGCGUCGCUUCUCACUGUGCUGCCUGCACGAGCAGGAGCUGAGGUUGCUGGUGGUGUGAAUGCCACGGACAGCACCACUCUCUCGAGCACUGCACGUUUCACUUCAACCAACACCUCCAUCGCUGGCACCACCAACACCACCACUGCGGCAACCUACGAGUGCUCGCCGGGGUGCCGGCUGCAGCGGCUGGCGAACGGGGUGUGCGAUGCGGCGUGCAACACGCCCGCGUGCGCCUUUGACGGUGGCGACUGCGCGUGUGUCGACCCGCUCUUUGGCCCCGGCAUCUGCCCCUGCCCGCCCGGCCACACCCGCCGCGACGACGGCUCCUGCUGUCUAUCCACGGCGGUGGGCGCCAAUCUCAACUUCCCCUUCUCACUGCAGCGCUACGGCCCCAACUACACAGAGAGCAACUUUGCUUUUGCUGCCGAGAGGGGUUUUGCUGCCACCCGCUUCGUCUCACACCGCAACCGUCUGCUGAUUGGCUUGGUGCUGCAGCAGGAUCGCUGGGGCACGCAACAGUGCAACGGAUCGGGCCUGCUGCACCUGGCGGGGUGGUGCAGCAACGGCACAUCCAGAGAGCCAUUUGGGGUGAACCCGCACUUCCUGCCCACGUCGGCCAUCUACGACAGCGCUGCCAGCGCCAACAUGAGCCAGCUCGACAACAACACCCUCAAUCCGCAGAACCUCCCCUACGGAUUCAUCUACCCCGUGGACUCCCUCACGGUCUACCCGCUGGUGUUUGACAUCAAUCUUGACUACGAGGCGGCCAUGCGUCGCCUGCACUACCUGGUGGAUGGAAGCUAUAUUGACAAUGGCACUCACACUGUCGACGUCAGCUUCAUCAGUUUCAACGGCGAGACGCUCACGUUUGUGCUCACAACUGUUAGUUGCAUAGUCACAACGGGCGGCAGCAUGGCAGUAUCGAUCAAGUCACAGCCGGCAGCCAUGGCGAUGUACGAUGCAUCGGCGGACAACAUCGCACGGCUGGUGCUGGAGAUGGUGUAUCUGGUGGGGCUGCUCUGGAAUGUGUGUGGCGAGCUGCAGGAGAUGGCCGACCGCGCCGCGAUUCACGGCUCUGUGCUCAGCUAUUUCAGCCUCGUGUGGAACUGGGUCGACAUGCUCUCUCUCACACUGCAAGUGACCGCAGUUGUUAUCUGGGUGGUGCUGUGGCGGUACGUGGAAGCAUUUGACAUGCAGCCACGAUACGACAUCUACUACACGCUGCUCGAGAUGCCGCGCUACUGGGCCGUGCCCAACCCGCCCAUGGGCUUCAUCAGCGCCACUCAGGCCUUCGCUGAUCUGCGCAACAUCAUCAACCUCCGUGGCAUCUACUUUUCCCUCCAGGGCAUCAAUCUCUUUUUCAUGAUGAUUCGCCUACUCAAGGUGAUGGACUUCCAGCCUUACCUUGGAGUCAUCACUCGCUCCCUCGCCCUCGCCACGCCCUCCCUGAUGCACUUCUUCCUGCUCUCCUUUACGGUCUUCUUCUGCUUCAGCAUGUACGCCUACCUUGUCUUCGGAGGAGCACUUGAGAUGUUCUCCACGGUCCUGGAGUCUAUGUUCUCGUGCUUCCUGCUGCUUCUCAAUGACAACGGCUCCGCCUACUUUUUUCAACGAAUGGAGUCGUGGGACCUCAUAGCUGCGAUGCUCUUCUUCUUCAUGUUCAUUGUCUUCAUGGUCUUCAUCCUCCUCAACUUCCUCAUCGCCAUCAUCGUCGAUGCCUUCAUGAGCGUCAAGGACAGCAACCUUGUCGCCACCUCUAUAGUCACUGACCUCGCUCACAUCUUCAAGUACAAGUGGAACUGCUGGCGCGGCCGCUACUUGCCGUAUCCGCUCAUUCUUGACCGCCUUGUGGAGUUGGGCGCUAAGGACACACGAGUAGACGAGCAAUCCCUCUUGCAGUCGGAUCGGGGGAUGCGUCGCAUGCAGUCAAUGAAGCGCCGCACGCGAGCCAUCUUCUCCUGCAGCUGUGGCGGCGGAUGCAAGCCCUCGCACCUCGGUUGCGCCGAGAACCACCCCACCUUCCCGCCCGCCAGCCAGACUGGCAAGCGGCUGCAGCACGUGCUGACAGUGAGGGAGAAGCGCAUCGACGUCAUCUCACUCUCCAUGAUCCUGCAGCGCUGCCAGGACAGGGAGCGAGUGGGGCCGUACAAGGCUGAGUCACCGUACAAGUGUUUUGCAAGGGCAGCCUCAAGAGAGUGUGCGGACGACGAGCAGUUGGAUCAGCUGUCGCAGGCGGUGGUGCUGCAGUGCGGCGAGGUGGUGAAGCAGGCCGCUCUGCCCGUCAAGAAGAGUGCAAAGAAGCUCAGCCUCGCUCACCUCAAGGAGGAUCUGGCGCGCAGCGAGGCGAAGGUGGAGGAGCUGAGUGCCAUGAUGACGGACAUGCACGCACUCAUGCUCGACCUCCUCGCCCGCACGCCCCCGCUAGGCAACACUGCCCACUCUCCGGGUACCCCCGGGGGGCUGCCAGCAUUGUCAAGCAUGCCACGUGCCUUCACGGAGCCCCCGCAUCGUCUCAUGUCCCUCACAGACUCCCCGCCGCCACUGGAGCAAGCAGGCAGUAGGAGAGAGGUGCCUAGAAGGUUCAGCGAGAGUGGGGCAGGUGGGGGACCAGUCGAGGGAGAGAAAAGAGUGGGGGGCACAAGAGAUGGUUGGAGCCCUGCGGGAGGGAACUCGAGCAGAACCCCCGUGCGUUUUGAGUCGGCUCAAAACUCACCUGGGGGGGCAGCUGAGGGAGGGAGACGAGCGGGUGACACUAGAGAUGGGUUGAGUAUAGCAGGAGGGGGCUUGAGCAGAACCCCGGUGCAGGCGUCACAGCGGGCGUUGGGCAGGCGAGUGUCGUGGCAAGAUGACAGAGGGGCAAAAAGGGACAGGACAGAGGGGUGGCAGUAA